AUGGCUGUACAACCAAAACAAGAAUUGCAAUUAGAUUUUUCUCAAGAGCAAGGUUUCUUGGCAUUUCACAGAGAUUUACCAGAGAAACCAAGCACAACCUUACGAGUUUUUGAUAGAACUGAUUAUUAUACAGUACAUGGACAAGAUGCUAUAUUUGUGGCCAAAGAAGUUUUUAAAACAACUGGUGUGGUUAAAUAUUUGGGUGGUGGAACUAAGAAGUUGGAGUCUGUUGUUCUCAGUAAGAUGAAUUUUGAAUCAUUAAUGAGAGAUUUGUUAUUAGUACAACAGUAUAGAGUGGAGGUCUAUAGAAAUAAAGGUUCUAGUAAAAACAAUGAUUGGAUACUAGCAUUGAAGGCAUCACCUGGUAACCUCAGUCAAUUUGAAGAUAUAUUAUUUACUAAUAAUGAGAUGGCUGGAUCAAUCGGUGUUAUUGGUAUUAAGGUUUCUACUGAUAAUGGACAAAAAAUUGUAGGUAUUGGCUAUGCAGAUGCUACUGUAAGAAAAUUUAGUGUGUGUGAAUUUACUGACAAUGAUCAGUUCUCAAACUUAGAGGCAUUAUUAGUACAACUAGGUCCUAAAGAAUGUGUUAUUGGCACUGGUGAACUCAAUACAGAAUCUGGUAAAUUUAAACAAGUACUAGAUAGAAGUAAUAUACUAAUUACUGAAAGAAAAAAAAGUGAAUUUAAUUGUAAAGAUGUAAUACAAGAUAUGAAUAGAUUAUUGAAGAAGAAAAAAGGAGAACAAUCAAAUAGUGCUACCUUAUCUGAAAUGGACCGAGUUCAUGCAGUUUCAGCAUUAUCUGCUGUUAUUAAAUAUUUGGAGCUGCUAUCAGAUGAGAGUAAUUUUGGACAAUAUCAGUUAACGACCUUUGACCUUAAACAAUAUAUGAGGUUAGAUUCAGCUGCUGUGAGAGCAUUGAAUAUAUUACCUAAUCCUAAUGAAGGUGGUAAUAAGAAUCAAAGUGUUUUAGGUUUAUUGAAUAAAUGUCGUACAGCUCAAGGUCAAAGAUUAAUAGCUCAAUGGGUAAAACAACCUUUAAUGGAUAAAAAUAAAAUAGAGGAAAGAUUAAAUGUAGUAGAAGCUAUGUUAGAAAAUACGGAAUUGAGACAAACAUUACAAGAAGAACAAUUACGAAGAAUUCCUGAUUUUCAAAAACUUGCAAAAAAAUUUCAACGGAAGAAGGCAACCUUGCAGGAUUGUUAUAGAGUGUACCAAGCUAUAGAUAAAAUGCCAUAUUUAUUAGAAAUAUUAGAGAAACAUGAUGGAAACCAUAGAACAUUAUUAAUGGAGUUGUUCUCUAAUCCACUGAAGGAAUUACUGAUGGACUUUGCUAAGUUUCAAGAAAUGGUAGAAACAACAAUGGAUUUAAAUCAAGUUGAAAAUCAUGAAUAUGUCAUUAAGUCUGACUUUGAUGAAAAUUUGGCUGCUUUAAGAGAAAAAAUAGAUGCCCUAGAAUCUGAUAUUAAAUCACAAAUAAACAAAGUAGCAAGAGAUCUGAACCUUGAAGCUAAUAAAACAUUAAAGUUAGAAAGUAACAAUCAAUUAGGUUACUUUUUCAGAGUAACUAGAAAAGAUGAAAAAGCACUGCGUAAUAAUAAGAACUAUAGAACUAUUGAUACUAAUAAAAAUGGUGUCAGAUUUCGGAAUUCAGCUGUCAGUAAAUAUAAUGAAGAUUAUCUAAAAUAUAAAGAAGAAUAUAAUGAACAACAGAAGAGUGUAGUUAGUGAGAUUAUUGAAAUAGCAGCUGGUUAUGUUGAACCUAUGUUAAUAAUCAAUGAUGUUGUGGCACAGUUAGAUGUAUUAGCUAGCUUUUCUCAUGUAUCAUCCAGUGCACCAAUUCAUGGAAUAUUAAAGCUAAAAGAAGCCAGACAUCCUUGUUUAGAAAUGCAAGAUGAUGUAUCAUUCAUUCCUAAUGAUGCUAUGUUUGAAAAAGCUGAGAAAAUGUUCCACAUAAUAACAGGACCUAAUAUGGGAGGAAAAUCAACUUAUAUCAGAUCAGUAGGUGUUGUGGUUUUAAUGGCACAGUUAGGAUGUUUUGUACCCUGUUCCUCAGCUGAUAUAACAAUAGUAGAUAGUAUAUUAGCUAGAGUUGGUGCUGGUGAUAGUCAAUUAAAAGGGGUAUCUACGUUUAUGGCAGAAAUGUUAGAAACAGCUUCAAUACUCAGAUCUGCUACAGAGAAAUCACUAAUUAUUAUAGAUGAAUUAGGACGUGGUACUUCAACUUAUGAUGGAUUUGGUUUAGCAUGGGCUAUAUCAGAACAUAUAGCUACCAAAAUAAAACCAUUUUGUUUGUUUGCUACUCACUUUCAUGAAUUAACAGCUCUAUCUGAUGUUGUUAGUAGUGUCAACAAUCUACAUGUUACAGCUUUAACAACAAAUAAUACAUUAACAUUAUUAUAUAGAGUAAAACCAGGUGUAUGUGACCAGAGUUUUGGUAUACAUGUUGCCGAACUAGCUCAUUUUCCUAAACAUGUCAUAGAGUUUGCCAAAGAAAAAGCCAGAGAAUUAGAAGAUUUUCAGUGCGUUAAUUUACAAGGUACAGAUUUAUAUGGUGAUGAUGAACCAGCUGUUAAAAAACGUAAAUUAGUCAAAGAGGAAGGUGAAGAAAUAAUAGAGAAGUUUUUAAAUACUGUGAAGAAAUUACCAAUAGAUACUAUGUCAGAUACUGAUCUUCAGAAAGAAAUGGAAAAACUUAAAGCUGAAGUCAAGGCUAAAAAUAACCCAUAUGUUAAUGAUAUUUUAGCCAAGACUCCAAUGUCAUCAUGAAUAUGAAACUUUAUAAAACAACGUCUGUUUUUUUUUUUUUCGAAUCAAAAAUACCUAGUUUUCAAAUAUCAUUUAUCAUGAUGCAUGUAACAGAAAACAAAGGUCACAAUCUUGCAAUACAUGUUAUUGGUUGUAUUUCAAAAUACAAAUCUAGAAAUGUAUGUUAUUGGUUGUAUUUCAAAAUACAAAUCUAGAAAUGUAUGUUAUUGGUUGUAUUUUGAAAUACAGAUCUGGAAAUGUAUGUUAUUGGUUGUAUUUCAAAAUACAAAUCUGGAAAUGUAUGUUAUUGGUUGUAUUUCAAAAUACAAAUCUGGAAAUGUAUGUUAUUGGUUGUAUUUCAAAAUACAAAUUUAGAAAUGUAUGUUAUUGGUUGCAUUCCAAUAUACAGAUCUGGAAAUGUAUGUUGUUUCAAAAAUCAUUUCUUAUUCAAAAUGCAGAUCUGGAAACGUAUUUUAUUGCUUGUAUUUCAAAAUACAGAUCGCGAAAUGUAUGUUAUUGAUUGCAUUCCAGAUCUGGAAAUGUACAAUAGUUUGGGAGAGAACAAAAUUCCAAUACUUUAUUCAUUUAUUAUAGAAUCAUGUGUCAAUUUUGCAGAAUAAAUUUAAUUAUUUUGUU